UCAGUUUCUGUUCCAGAUGAUCGGGCUGAACAACGAACCUGUCUCAUUUGUGGGGACCGCGCCACAGGCUUGCACUAUGGAAUCAUCUCCUGUGAGGGCUGCAAAGGGUUUUUCAAGCGGAGCAUUUGCAACAAGCGGGUAUAUCGGUGCAGCCGUGACAAGAACUGUGUCAUGUCUCGGAAGCAGAGGAACAGGUGCCAGUACUGCCGUCUGCUCAAAUGCCUCCAGAUGGGGAUGAACCGGAAGGCAAUCAGAGAAGAUGGCAUGCCUGGAGGCCGGAAUAAGAGCAUUGGGCCAGUCCAGAUAUCAGAGGAAGAGAUCGAAAGGAUCAUGUCUGGGCAGGAAUUUGAGGAAGAGGCCAAUCACUGGAGCAACCAUGGUGACAGCGACCACAGUUCCCCUGGGAACAGGGCUUCAGAGAGCAACCAGCCUUCACCGGGCUCUACUAUGUCCUCCAGGUCUGUGGAACUAAAUGGAUUCAUGGCAUUCAGGGAGCAGUACAUGGGGAUGUCUGUGCCUCCACACUAUCAAUACAUACCGCACCUUUUUAGCUAUUCUGCCCACUCGCCACUUCUGCCCCCACAAGCUCGCAGCCUGGAUCCCCAGUCAUACAGUCUGAUUCACCAGCUGGUGUCAGCUGAGGACCUGGAGCCACUGGGCACGCCCAUGUUGAUCGAAGAUGGAUAUGCUGUGACCCAGGCGGAGCUGUUUGCCCUGCUUUGCCGCCUAGCUGACGAGCUGCUCUUUAGGCAGAUUGCCUGGAUCAAGAAACUGCCUUUCUUCUGUGAGCUCUCAAUCAAGGAUUACACGUGCCUCCUGAGCUCUACAUGGCAGGAAUUAAUUCUGCUGUCCUCCCUCACCGUUUACAGCAAGCAGAUCUUUGGGGAGCUGGCUGAUGUCACUGCCAAGUAUUCACCCUCUGAUGAAGAAUUACACAGAUUCAGUGAUGAAGGGAUGGAGGUGAUCGAGCGGCUCAUCUACCUGUAUCACAAGUUCCAUCAGCUAAAGGUCAGCAAUGAGGAGUAUGCUUGCAUGAAAGCAAUUAACUUCUUAAAUCAAGAUAUCAGGGGUCUGACCAGUGCCUCGCAGCUGGAACAGUUGAACAAGCGAUACUGGUACAUUUGCCAGGAUUUCACUGAAUAUAAAUAUACACAUCAGCCGAACCGCUUUCCUGACCUCAUGAUGUGCUUACCUGAGAUUCGGUAUAUUGCAGGAAAAAUGGUGAAUGUGCCCUUGGAGCAGCUGCCCCUCCUCUUUAAGGUGGUGCUGCAUUCCUGCAAGACAAGUGUGAGCAAGGAGUGAGCUGUUCCCAGCGCCCCUCCUCAGGCCAGCCACAAAGCCUUGGGUGGGCGGGACAGGCUCCAGAAGAAAGAGCCAGAGACCAAGGUGGAGGCUAUGGGGGCAGCAGCGUUCCCGUUGCCUCCAUAGCAAGAAGAGUGUUUGUUUGUUUGUCUGUUUUUUUAAGCUCAUUUUUCUAUAUAUUUAUUUCACGACAGAGUUGAAUGUAUGGCCUUCAACAUGAUGCACAUGCUUUUGUGUGAAUGCA